AUGGCCCUUUCCGAUAAGAUAGAUGUACACCACCAUUUUGUGCCCGCAGAUAUUGACUUUGAUUUCACGGGUCCCGGUCCGCUGCAGGACUUGAAGGUUGCCGCAUCUCGGAUGCCUGCGUGGUCGCCCGAGAAGACCAAGGAUUGCAUGUCGAAGACUGGUGCAGCAACUGCAAUCCUGUCUUUUCCGAUCCUGUUCGCUUUCGAUGAGCAGAAGGGCGUCAAGAUUGCCAGAGCAGUGAACGAGUAUGCAGCAAAGCUCAGAGAUGCAGAGCCCAUGAAGUUUGGCUUCUUUGCCGCGAUCCCAUCGUUGCACAAUACCGAAGCAGCUCUAGAGGAGAUCCGCUACUGCUUGGACACGUUGAAAGCAGAUGGAGUCUUGCUGUUGGCGCGCUACGGCGCCUCAUAUCUCGGCGACCCGUCCUUCAAGCCCAUCUGGGCAGAACUGGAUCGACAAAGUGCCGUUGUCCACGUCCAUCCCGGCACAACCUUUCGAAGCGAGAAGAUCAAUCCGUACGUGGAUCCUGCGAUUGCCGAGUUCCCUCACGAAACGACCAACACUGCCCUCGACAUGAUCUUGAACGACACUGUGCGAGCUCAUCGACAUUGCAAGAUCAUCUUGUCUCACGCCGGGGGUACACUGCCGUAUCUCGUCGGCAGAGCGACGGCGCUGAUACCUUUCUUUGCGGCUCACGUAUCGCCGCCGCCCAAGUCUGCUCAGGAGAUUCUGGAAGACGCCAGAUUGUUCUAUUUCGACCUUGCGCUGUCGAGCACGCCAUACGUGCUUGAUACACUUCUCGAGAACUUCCCACGGGACCACAUUCUUUAUGGCAGCGACUUUCCGUUCGCACCUCCGCCGGCCAUCAACCAGCUUGCCAACACUCUGAAUGAGUACGAAAUGGAUAGUGAAACGCGGCAUAUGGUGUACCGCAAGAACGCUUGUGCGCUCUUCCCACGCCUUCAAGGAUAG